AUGGCAAGUGUCAUGUCAAAUAAUAAUAAUAAUAAUAAUAAUAAUAAUGCCAGUUAUAUGUUUACGAACCCUUUGUCCAACACAGGUGGUGGACUCAUAAAUGAAAUAAAAGAUGCAAUAAAUGAAAUGGAACAAUUAAAGGUUCUAGAGUUAAAGCAAAUAUGCAAAUCUCUGGAUUUAUCCAUAACGGGCAAAAAGGCUGUCUUACAAGACCGAAUAAAACAAUUCUUAAGAAAAUCCUGUGAUAUUGGACAUAUAGAUCCGUGGAGGCCUAAGGCUAUUAAGAUUCUUAUCGCGAAAGUAAGGAUAAACUCAUCAUUACCAAAAUACUCUACCCUUUGGGAAACUUUAAAGACGGGUGCGUUCAAGCAUCCUGUAGCAUCGGGGCAACUACCCGUGACAGCUCUCCAGAGUACUGCAUUGCCACCUUAUUCCCAACAACAGGCCUUAGCAUAUUCUUUUACCUCACCGUUUUACAAACCAAUAGUACAAAUACCGGAUGCCAAUAAAAAAUUGAAGCAAUCUGCAGGAAGAGGUUGUACAAAAAUGAAGUUCAAGGUAAGUAAAUCUAAUCAUGAUCUUUUGAAAUCUAACAAGAGUUAUAAACUGUAUUUGUUUUCUGGCUUUUCAAUACCGUUUAUAUAUGAAACUGUGGGCCAUGAGGCAAUAGAUUUCCCGUAUCCCUGUGAACUAGUGUUUAAUGGCACCAAACUAGAGGACAACGUGAAAGGUUUAAAGAAACAAAAUGGGACAGGUAAUCCUGCAAAUUUAACGCCUUAUCUUAAAGUACCGACCGAGAUGAAUCACCUAGACUUACAUUAUCUCAAUAUUGAUAAAGAGUACUCUAUAAGUUGCUUUAUAGUGGAAGUUUUUUCACCUGAAGCUCUUCUGGGGAAAAUUCUGAAAAGGCCCAAAAUUAUCAAGCAAGCCACCACAGCAUACAUCAAAAGAACCUUGAAUGAGCAAGAUGAUGACGAUAUUAUUACAACCUCCACGGUGCUGAGUUUGCAAUGUCCUAUAUCUUGUACAAGGAUGAAGUAUCCGGCGAAGACUGACCAAUGUAAGCAUAUCCAAUGUUUUGAUGCUCUCUGGUUUCUUCACUCUCAGUCACAAGUCCCUACAUGGCAGUGUCCGAUUUGUCAACACCCUAUAAAAUUCGACCAGUUGAAGAUUUCCGAAUUUGUAGAUAAUAUUAUUCAAAAUUGCAAUGAAGAUGUUGAGCAAGUUGAGAUAUCUGUUGAUGGCUCAUGGAAACCGAUUCAUAAUAGUUCGGCCGUUAUAACGGAUACUGUUAACCAAAAUCACAGUGUGAAAAACGAGAACCAAGGCACUGUCAAACAAGAGCAAGAUUAUGACAGCCGAAAUGCCUUCGAUACUAAUUUGCGUAAUGGUUCAAACCACAACGAACCCGAAAUAAUAUCUCUGGAUAGCUCAGAUGAUGAAGCCUUUAUUCCGGCUAGUAAAAGCUUCCCAACGCACGUGAACCCCCGUAAUGACCAAUUAAGAGCAGAUAUAUUUCCCUCAGAAUCGGAAGGAUCCAGUGACUACAACCCCAAUCAUACAUCAACGCCGAAAGGUUCUCCAACUAUGGACCAAGAUAAUUAUCAAGAUGCUUUUCAAAUGAGGUCAUUUUUGAACCAAGGCGCUACUACAAAUAUAAAUGACACACCGACGAACAAUAGCAGUAUUAAUUCUUUCGUUACGGCGACGAAUGGUGACAGCAGAAUAUUCUACAAUAGAGGGCCAUCAACGCCACUAUUACCGGCUGUUCUACAAAAUUUGACUAAUCAAACGGAAGCGCAGAGAAACCCCUACGGACCUAAUUACAAUACCACAGCUCAAGAUCGUAAUCUUUUGGGAAUCGAAGGUGAUUUGCCUCCAAUCCCCCCUGUGGACCCAAAUUCAGAAGCAGAAACUGAACUACCAACAAGGACCACAUCGGCGGCACAUCUCCCUCCAUAUAUACACGUGAGCACCAGCGGCCAUGGGGAUGAUGGAAAAAUUAGGAAGAGAAGGCAUUCUAAUGUUUCUAUCUACAUUCCGAAGAAUCCAUACGCCACCCUUAUGAAACGGAGACCACAGGCAAAUCACGCCAUAAUGAAUAAAACUCUGGCCCAAACUAAUGACUUUAACACAUCGGCUCAAGAUAACUCGGAAGUGGUCGAUUUAACAUCAGAUUGA